AUGGAUGAGCUCUUCGAUGUUUUUGAGGACAAUCCUCAGGCGGUCAAACCGUCCGAGGCGGUCCCUAAGCGCUCCAGAAAAGACAAGAGCAAAAAACGACAGGUGAAUGGCGACGUGAAGAAACCUGAAAACUCCCAGACUGAACAGAAGGAGGAUACUUCGAUGCCAGAUGCACCGGCUAUGAAAUCGGAACCACUUGACACCGAUGCCCCCGCGCCCACCGACCAAGCGACUACCGACCAAAAUCAACCCGAUGCGAAGCGGCCUCGUUUGGAGCAGGAACCCGAGGCAGUACUUGCCGACUCCUUCGAAACCGAACAAGAAGUGCAAAUCAAGUCCUCUGGAGGACUCACAGACUCCACAGAAGACUCCAAAGUGGUUGUAGCUCACCAAGUGCGUCAUCAAGUCGCGCUUCCUCCAAAUUAUCCAUAUGUACCUAUUUCGGAGCACAAACCGCCAGCAGAGCCGGCAAAGACAUGGCCGUUCACACUUGAUCCCUUCCAGCAGCUGGCUGUUGCUUCGAUUCAAAGAGAGGAGAGUGUGCUCGUUUCCGCCCACACCAGUGCAGGAAAGACUGUAGUGGCAGAAUACGCCAUUGCGCAAAGUUUGAAGCAAAACCAGCGAGUCAUCUAUACCAGUCCAAUCAAGGCGCUGAGUAACCAGAAGUACCGUGAAUUCGCUGCAGAGUUUGGCGAUGUCGGACUCAUGACUGGUGAUGUGACAAUUAAUCCUACUGCUACCUGUCUUGUUAUGACCACAGAGAUUCUUCGUUCCAUGUUGUACCGGGGCUCCGAGAUCAUGCGUGAAGUUCAAUGGGUUGUAUUUGACGAAAUUCACUACAUGCGAGAUGUCAACCGUGGUGUGGUGUGGGAAGAGACCAUCAUCUUGCUGCCAGACAAGGUCCGUUACGUGUUCCUUUCUGCCACUAUCCCGAACGCCAUGCAGUUUGCCCAUUGGAUCGUGAAAAUGCACCAUCAGCCGUGUCACGUCGUUUACACCAAUUACCGACCGACUCCACUACAGAACUACUUCUUCCCUGCUGGUGGAGAGGGAAUACACCUCAUUGUGGACGAGAAGGGCAAUUUCCGCGAAGACAAUUUCCAAAAGGCCAUGAGCACUAUCUCUGACAAGAAGGGAGAUGACCCUAACGACGCUUUGGCUAAACGCAAGGGCAGAGGCAACGAUAAGCAGCUGAACAAGGGCGGAAACAAGGGCCCGUCAGACAUCUUCAAGAUCGUGAGAAUGAUCAUGAUCAAGAACUACAACCCUGUCAUUGUUUUCAGUUUCAGCAAGCGAGAGUGUGAAUCGGGUGCUUUGCAGAUGGCGAAGCUAGCCUUCAACGAUGAUUCCGAGAAAGAGAUGGUGUCAAAGGUCUUCGAAAGCGCUAUUGAAAUGCUGUCCCCAGAAGACCAACAACUGCCUCAAAUUCAAAACAUGCUCCCUCUUUUGCGACGGGGUAUCGGUGUUCACCACUCAGGAUUGCUUCCCAUCUUGAAGGAAACCAUCGAGAUUCUGUUCCAAGAGGGUCUCAUCAAAGUUCUGUUCGCAACUGAAACUUUCUCCAUCGGUCUCAACAUGCCCGCGAAAACGGUAGUCUUCACCAGUGUUCGCAAGUUUGAUGGAACCAGCCAGCGCUGGGUCACCCCAUCUGAAUUCAUCCAGAUGUCCGGUCGUGCCGGUCGUCGUGGUCUUGAUGACCGGGGUAUCGUGAUCAUGAUGGUUGGCGAGGAGAUGGACCCUGCAGUCGCAAAGGAGAUUGUCCGUGGUGAGCAGGAUAAACUCAACUCUGCAUUCCAUCUCGGUUACAAUAUGAUCCUCAACUUGCUGCGUGUUGAGGGCAUCUCGCCCGAAUACAUGCUUCGACAAUGUUUCAAGCAGUUUCAGAACACAGGAAGCCUUGCGGGUUUGGAGAAGGAUCUUGAGGAAAUGGAGGAGAAACGUACCAACAUGGUCAUCUCUGAUGAAGGGACUAUCCGUGAAUAUUACGAGUUGCGGAAGCAACUGGACGCAUUUGCCGAUGAUGUCCAGCAUGUCAUUACCCAUCCGAAUUACUCUUUGGCGUUUGUUCACCCUGGGCGGCUGGUCCAUCUCAAAUACAAGGAUGCUGACUACGGAUGGGGUGUGGUGAUUAACCAAAAGCCACGUAAGCAAGCAAAGAAUGCCACCGAGAAACUAAUGCCUCACCAAUCCCACAUUGUCGACGUUUUGGUCAAACUUGCUGAAGGGUCAGCCAUCGGCACUAAAUCUUUCCAAGAUAUUCCAUCUUCCAUUCGCCCCGCCCAGGAGGGAGAAGCGUAUCGCCAUGAGGUUGUCCCAAUGGUGCUAAGCUGUAUCAGGGAGAUUUCUCACAUUCGCAUCAAAUUGCCGAAUGAUAUCACCGGUCUGGACGCUCGAAAUUCAAUCAUGAACAGUGUCGGCGAGGUGAAGAGGCGCUUCCCAGAUGGUAUUCCACUGGUUGACCCAAUUGAGAACAUGGAAAUUAAGGAUGACAGCUUCAAGAAGCUGCUUCGAAAAAUCGAGGUUCUUGAGUCCCGUCUCCUGAGCAACCCUCUCCAUAAUUCGCCCCGAUUGGCCGAAUUAUACGAGCAAUAUGUCGAGAAGGUGGAGCUUGGCGUCAAGAUAAAAGACAAGAAGAAAGAGAUCAACGAAAUCAUGACAGUACUGUUGCAGGAUGAGCUAAAGAACCGGAAGCGUGUACUGCGUCGCUUCGCAUUCAUCGAUGACAAAGAUGUUGUGCAAUUGAAAGCUCGAGUUGCUUGCGAGAUCAGCACAGGUGAUGAGUUGAUGCUUAGCGAGUUGCUGUUCAACGGUUUCUUCAACAACUUGACUCCCGAACAGGUCGCUUCUAUUAUGAGUUGUUUCGUAUUCGAGGAGAAGGUCAAGGAGGCCACCCCCGUGGCCAAAGAGGAAUUGGCGAAACCAUUGCGGGAGAUCCAAACCCAAGCCCGUAUCGUCGCCAAAGUGUCUCAGGAAUGCAAGAUGAAGGUCAACGAGGAUGAAUAUGUUCAGAGCUUCCACUGGGAGCUGAUGGAGGUUAUUUACGAGUGGACUCAGGGCAAGUCCUUUGCGGAUAUCUGCAAAAUGACUGAUGUCUACGAGGGUAGCUUGAUCCGUGUCUUCCGCCGGUUGGAAGAAUGUUUGCGGCAGAUGGCGCAAGCUGCCAAGGUCAUGGGCAGCGAGGACCUGGAGAGCAAGUUCGAGGAGGCCUUGACCAAGGUCCGUCGUGACAUUGUUGCUGCUCAGUCUCUGUACUUGUAG